UUCGCCGCUGUCACUGUCUCGUCCGUCCCCGACAACGUCCUGGGAUCCAUGCGAUCGCGUCCGAUCCCCACUACCGAAGCCGUCGGUGACCGCACGCACCGAGGUCCUCCCACACGUGCAAGCCCAUGUGAACUCCCCGCCGGGUGCUCGCCGAAUCCCCCUCCACCGACCCGACGCGACCGACGCCCCACUAGCCUUCGUCCCACUUUCCGCAGCGCAUCUCCCCGCCUCCGAUCUCGACCGUUUGCGGCUCAUCCGACGGUUGCUGCGGCUCACGUACGUGUCAAGCCCACGUUCUGCUAACGUGCUCCGCGGUCGUGACCCUGACCUGCCCGCCUUUCCCCUUGGCUAUUUAAGCUGGAAGAGCAGUUCGCCGCCUUCCAAGCUCGAGUCCUCCGUUCCGUUCCAGAUAAAUCCGGUUCGGUUCUUUUUCUCCGUGGGGCUCGACCGCUUCCAUCACGUUCUCGGAAGGAUGGCGUUCGUCGACGCCGACAAGCUCAGUUACGAGAUCUUCUCCGUCCUCGAGAGCAAGUUCCUCUUCGGCCUCGACGACCCCAACAAGCUCUUCUUCCCCACUUCCUCCUACUCCUCAGCUGGCGCCUCCCCCCGGACCGCCGCAGGUGCCCGAGGAAGGAUCCGGAUCCUGUCCAUAGACGGCGGCGGCAGCCCCUCCGAUGCCCUCCUCGCCGCGGUCGCCCUCGCCCGGCUCGAGUCCUCCCUCCGUCACCGUUCCGGCGACCCAUCCGCCCGCGUUGCCUACAUGUUCGACGUCGCGGCCGGCUCCGGCGCCGGCGGCGUCCUCGUCGCGAUGCUCUUUACCAGGGACCACGACGGUCGGCCCUUGUUCUCCGCAACCGACGCCCUGCACCUCCUCCUCUCCGAGAGCCGCCGCCGCGGGCGCGGCUUCUCCUCCGGGAGGGGCCUAUUCCGUGGGAUGUUCCGUCGACCCGGGAGUUUCUUCCGUCGGAUCUUCGGCGACGCGACGCUGAGGGACACCGUCAAGCCGGUGCUCAUCCCGUGCUACGACCUCGCCGCGGGGGCGCCGUUCCUCUUCUCGCGGGCUGACGCGGUAGAGUCCGACGGGUACGACUUCCGGAUGUGGGAAGUGUGCGCGGCCACGUGCGCCGACGCAUCCACCGCGGCGGUCGAUCUGCGGUCGGUGGACGGGCGGACGCGCGUCACCGCGGUGGGCGGCGGGGUGGCGAUGGCCAACCCUGUGGCCGCGGCCAUCACGCACGUCCUCCACGACAAGCCAGAGUUCCCGUUCGCGGCCGGGGUGGAAGACCUCAUGGUGGUGUCUCUCGGCGCUUCCGCCCCCGCGCCAGCCGCACCGGGUGCCGCUGAGCUCGUCAGGAUCGCUGGCGAGGGCUUCGCCGACAUGAUUAACUCAUCAAAAGCCGUGGCUUUUGUGAUCAUCGUCGGGUGGAUCAAGCGGUGGCGACGGCAUUCGGACACCGUAGAGCAAGCAAUUACCUGCGCAUACAGAGCAACACACUUCUGUAACUUAGACUGCCAAGAGACUGCUCCUCCUGCAAAUGUCAUCAAGAAUCCCGAAGUGGACUUCCUGGAAUCAGUAUCACCUGCCAUGUCUGCAUCUGUGUACCCUUCUAACACAGGUUCAUCACUGCCAAAACAUAAACACAACUUGGAAGUACCUCUUAGAUAUCUUAAUAUCCAUUUCACUGCUGCCCAAUGUUCCUUUCCAGGAUUUGAGAGAAAUCGGCUAACAACUCCAACUGCAUGAGCUAUAUCUGGCCUAGUACAAACCAUAGCAUACAUCAAACUGCCUACUGCAGAUGAGUAAGGCACUCUGGAUAUUUCUUCUUUUUCUUUCUCACUUGUAGGACAUUGUUUUGAACUCAGCUUGAAAUGACCUGUAAGUGGAGAACAAACUGCUUUGGCUUUACUCAUGUUGAAUCUUUCAAGAACCUUUUCAAUGUAAGUCUCCUGAGAUAGCCAAAUCUUCCUUUUCUUCCUAUCACGAAGAAUCUUCAUGCCAAGUAUUUGUCUCACCGAUCCCAAGUCUUUCAUCGCAAAAGACUUACUUAGCUCUCUUUUCAGCUUUUCAAUUUUUUCAACAUCAUGGCCAACAAUCAACAUAUCAUCAACAUAUAGCAGUAAAAUAAUAAAAUCAUCAUCUGAAAAUUUCUUCAUAAACACACAAUGAUCAGAUGUGGUUCUAUCAUACCCUUGGCUCAUCAUAAAGGAAUCAAACUUCUUGUACCACUGUCUAGGUGCCUGUUUGAGUCCAUAUAAGCUUUUCCUAAGCUUACAUACUAGAUUUUCUUUUCCCUUGACUUUGAAACCUUCUGGUUGCUCCAUGUAAAUUUCUUCUUCUAAGUCACCAUGAAGAAAUGCUGUUUUUACAUCAAGUUGCUCAACUUCUAAAUUCAAGCGGGCAGCCAAACCAAGAACAACUCGGAUAGAGGACAUUUUCACAACCGGAGAAAAUAUUUCUUCAAAGUCAAUACCUUUCUUCUGACUGAAUCCUUUCACAACUAGUCGUGCCUUGUAUCUCUGUUGUGAGCUAUUGCUUUCAGUCUUCAAUUUGUAAACCCACUUAUUCUUGAGAGCUUUCUUCUCUUUAGGCAACUUUACCAAGUCAUAGGUGUGGUUCUCAAGCAAGGAUCUCAUCUCUUCUUGCAUGGCAUUAACCCACUCAUUCUUAUUCUCAUGUAGAAUAGCUUCUUGGUAAGUUUCUGGCUCUCCCCCGUCAGUAAGCAUAACAUACUCAUGUGGAGGAUAUCUGGUAGAGGGUUGUCGCUCUCUAGUGGAUCUUCUUAAUGGAAUCUCAACUGGUGGUGGAGGUGCCUGUUCAGUUGGUUCAGCAUCAUCAACUGUAGGUGUAUCAUCACUGGUAUUCUCACCACUAUCUUCUUGUUCAUCUCCCCCAUGAUCAUCAUGAACUACAGGUGAAGGAACUGGACCCAAACUCCAAGGAAUAUAAACAGAGGUUUCUGGCUUCUCAACAUUAUCACCAUCAUCAAACAAUUGGUCUUCAAGAAACACAACAUCUCUGCUUCUAAUAAUCUUCUUGUUCACUGAAUCCCAUAAUCUGUACCCAAACUCUUCAUGACCAUAUCCCAAGAAGAUACAUGCUUUUGCCUUAUUAUCAAGCUUGGACCUCUCAUCUUUGGGAAUAUGAACAAAUGCUUUACACCCAAAGACUCUCAAAUGAUUAUAAGAUAUAUCUUUUCCUCUCCAUACUCUCUCUGGAACAUCACCUUGCAGAGGAACUGAUGGAGAAAGAUUUAUCAGAUCAACUGUAGUUCUCAUAGCCUCCCCCCAAAAUGACUUUGGUAACUUGGCAUGGGAAAGCAUACACCUAAUCCUUUCUUCAAUGGUUCUGUUCAUCCUUUCUGCCACACCGUUCUGCUGAGGAGUUUUAGGAACUGUUUUCUCAAGCCUGAUACCAUGGAACCUGCAAUAAUUCUCAAAAGGACCCUUGUACUCGCCACCAUUAUCUGAUCGAACACACUUUAGCUUUCUGCCAGUUUCCCUUUCAAC